AUGGCUUCACCAAUCAACACUUCGUUUCUCCUCCUGGUUUGUUGUAUUCUGUUCACCGUUCUUCCUGCAGAACCGAGCUUCGAAGUGGAAGUGGAGGCCUUGAGGGCCUUCAAGAAUUCCAUCGCCCAUGACCCAUUUGGAGAACUCGUAGAUUGGACGGACACAAGCCAUCACUGCAACUGGUCUGGCAUUGCCUGUGAUCCUUCCUCAAACCAUGUCACUUCAAUAUCCCUGGUCCAGAAGAACCUUCAAGGUGAGCUCUCCCCAUUCCUCGGGAACAUCACCACCCUCCAAGUUCUUGAUUUAACUUCCAACUCGUUUUCCGGGCAUAUCCCACCAGAAUUAGGAAACCUGAGAAAUCUGCAGUCCCUUCAUCUGGAUAACAAUUUUUUAUAUGGUAGCAUUCCUGAAUCCAUUUGCAACUGCACACACUUGUUACAGCUUGACCUCAGCUUCAAUAAUUUCACUGGCAUCAUCCCAUUAGACAUUGGAAACCUGGCCAAUCUUCAGUUUUUUGCAGCCUCACGAAACAAUUUGGAAGGCCCUUUGCCUGUUUCUAUUGGUAGGUUGGAAGCAUUGCAAGCUUUCGACCUAAGCCGGAACCAGGUGUCAGGACAAAUACCCCAUGAAGUUGGGAAUCUGUCGAACCUGGAAUUUCUUCAGCUCUCUAAGAACAUGCUCGUUGGCGAAAUCCCAUCCGAACUAGUUGAUUGCAGGAAGCUUGUUUCCCUUAACUUAUACUGCAAUUUCAUCACGGGAAAGAUUCCAUCAAACAUUGGAUUACUUCAUAAGCUGGAGAACAUAACCUUGUAUAACAACCUCCUAAACGGAUCCAUUCCCAGUAGCAUUACCAAUUGUACCACUCUUGUGUCUGUAGCCUUAUCUUAUAAUAGAAUAGCUGGGGAAAUUCCGCGAGGUCUGGGAAAUUUGCAGAAUCUAACAUUCCUAUCUCUAGGGAACAACAUGUUGUCAGGGAAGCUUCCCGAUGACAUCUAUAAUUGUUCAAAUCUUUGCACACUUCGCUUGGCCUGGAACAAUAUUAGAGGAACGCUGAGACCUAGUAUUGGCAAACUCCAUAAUCUCCAGGCUUUGAAGUUCGAUGGGAAUUCAUUUGCAGGGACAAUACCACAGGAGAUUGGGAAUCUAAGUCAACUGAUAUACUUGGGGCUUGCUCAAAAUAAUUUUUCAGGCCUAGUUCCUCACGAACUGUCAAAGCUCUCUCUCAUUCAACUUCUUUUUCUGCAAAAAAACCAGUUAGAAGGUGCAAUUCCUGAGAAAAUUUUUGCGCACACGCAGCUAAUCAAUCUGAGUUUGAGAAACAAUAAGUUCACAGGUGCCAUUCCAAAUGCUCCAAUAAAACUCAAUUUUCUUUUAUACUUGAGACUUAGUGGAAACAUGCUGACUGGGUCAAUCCCUAGUAGCAUGGCGCAGCUUUUUAGUGCAUUGAUGGUGUUGGAUCUCUCUAACAACCAUCUCACAGGUUCUAUUCCUGGCUCUGUGAUGGGGAGUAUGAAAACUGUGCAACUAUAUCUGAACCUAUCUUUCAAUCUUCUGACGGGAACCAUUCCAGAUGAGCUUGGUAUGCUGCAAAUGGUACAAGCAAUUGACAUCUCAAACAACAAUCUUUCAGGAACCAUUCCUAAAACGCUUGAAGGCUGCAAAAAUUUGUUUUCACUUGAUCUGUCUGGGAAUGAACUUUCAGGGCAAGUUCCUGAUGAAGUUUUUUCACAAGUGAACAUGCUUGAAAGCAUGAAUCUUUCAAGAAAUCAUUUCUAUGGAGAGCUCCCAAAAAAUUUGGCUAAUUUAAAGAAUCUCAUCUCCCUUGACCUCUCUCAGAACAAGUUCAAUGGGGUAAUUCCCGAAAGCCUUGCCAAUCUUCCCUCCUUGAAAUUUCUGAACCUUUCUUACAAUCAACUUGAAGGACCUAUUCCAGAGAUUGGCGUCUUCAAAAACAUACAACCAUCUUGGUUGGCUGGAAAUCUAGCCCUCUGCAAUGCCAAGUUUCUAAACCCUUGCAACACAGAAGACCACCAAAAUACUUCUCGAAUUUUUUUGAAGAAAACUGCAAUAGUUCUCAUAGCAGUCGGAUCUGUUUCUCUGCUUUUGGUUCUCAUGUUUACAACUGCCCGUUUCCACCAUUACAUCAAGACGCAUAAAAUCAAAGAGGAUGAGGAUCCUACAGCAAGGCACAGGGCUUCAGUAUUUACCCUAAAGAGGUUUGACCAGAAAGAUCUAGAAAUAGCUACUGGUUCAUACAGUGAGGAACACAUUAUUGGCUGCAGCAGUUUAAGCACUGUGUACAAAGGCCGACUGCUUGAUGGGCAGAUAGUGGCCAUAAAAAAAUUGAAUUUGCACCAAUUCUCUGCAGAAUCUGAGAAGUGUUUUAACAGAGAAGUCAAGACCUUGAGUCAGCUAAAGCACAGGAGUCUGAUAAAGGUACUCGGAUAUGCUUGGGAGAGUGGGAAACUGAAGGCUCUAGUUCUGGAAUUCAUGGAUAAUGGGAACCUGGAGAGCGUAAUACACGAACCCCAGGAAGAUAGCUCAAGGUGGACAUUAUCAGAGAGAAUAAACGUUCUUGUAUCUGUUGCAAGUGGCUUAGAUUACUUGCAUUCUGGUUAUGAUUUUCCUAUAGUUCACUGUGACUUGAAGCCUUCUAAUAUUCUUCUUGAUGGAGAUUGGGAGGCCCACGUGAGUGAUUUUGGAGCUGCUAGGAUGCUAGGUGUGGGUGUUCAUCCCUCAAAUGGAAGCCUUUCCUCCGCAUCUGCUUUUGCAGGCAGCAUAGGGUACUUGCCCCCAGAGUUAGCAUACAUGAGGAAAGUAUCAACAAAAGUGGAUGUAUUCAGCUUCGGCGUAAUAGUGAUGGAAUUUGUGACCAAACAGAGGCCAACAGGACUCGCACAAGAGGAUGGUUUACCAGUCACUCUGCAUCAGCUGGUGGAGAGAACUCUUGCAAGUGGUAGGAACCAGCUUCUUCAAGUUGUAGACCCCUGUCUAGCUUCAAAAGCCUCGGAGAAGCAUGUGGAAAUAAUUGCGGAGCUCCUUAAAUUGGCCUUGUCCUGCACCAAUCCAGAGCCCAGGGAUCGACCUGGAAUGAAUGAAGUAUUGUCUUCCUUGUUGAAGCUUAGGGCAAGAUAG